AAAAUACUUACUCUUGACUAUGGAAACAAGCGCGCAUCAAGCAAUGCAGUGCUGGAACCUGCUGGUUACAACUAUGCCCAACAACCCCUCUUCGGCGGUUCAACCAAAUAUAUUAUUUCAAGAAACCGAUAUGCACGUUGAACAAUACCGGCAGCCCUGCAGGAUUUUAGCUUGGACUAUUUGUCUGGGUCUCUUCUGCUCGCAGUUUUCUAGUCUCUGAAACAGCAAGGCAGCCUCUGCUCUUUUCUGUUUGGGAAUUUAAUUCAAUGCCAGAAAUGCAUGAGCCAGAAAGAAUGGAGCCGGCAUUGCCAAAACCAACUGAUACAUUAUGGGACCACAUUUCGACCUAUAGGACCAUAGCAUUUGAAACAUACAAAAGCAAACCAAUAUCAUAUUGGAUUCUUCUAGUAUUAAGCAGUGGAGCAAUGCUUGUAGCAUUCCCUGCUUCCAGCCUCUUAUCUCGUGUCUAUUAUGCCAACGGGGGCAAGAGCAAGUGGAUCAUUUCAUGGGUGGCAGUUGCAGGAUGGCCUCUGACUCUCUUGAUCUUACUUCCUACAUACUUCUUUUGUAAUGCACGUCCUACUCCUCUAAAUUUCAAACUUGGUAUUUCUUACGUUGUGUUGGGUUUCUUAAGUGCUGCGGACAACCUCAUGUAUGCAUAUGCCUAUGCCUACCUCCCAGCUUCAACUGCUUCUCUUUUGGCAGCAUCAUCCCUUGUGUUUUCUGCACUGUUUGGACAUGUUCUUGUGAAGAACAAACUAAAUGCCUCGGGUAUAAAUGCCAUUGUGAUAAUAUCAGCUGCUAUGGCAAUCAUUGCCUUGGAUUCAAAUUCAGACCGUUAUGGAAAUUUCAGUAACGCCCAGUACAUCAUGGGUUUCAUAUGGGAUAUUAUUGGAUCUGCUCUUCAUGGACUCAUCUUUGCUCUUUCAGAGCUAAUUUUUGUGACGUUGCUGGGUAGAAGGUCCUUCCAUGUUGUGCUGGAGCAGCAAGUCAUGGUGUCCUUAUUUGCCUUUGUGUUUACCUCAAUUGGAGUCAUUGCAAAUAAUGAUUUUGGGGGAAUGAAGUCUGAGGCUAGAAAUUUCAAGGGUGCGAAAGGUUCAUAUUACCUGGUUCUGGUCUGGGGUGCCAUCACCUUUCAGCUGGGGGUUUUAGGUGGCACUGCUGUGCUUUAUUUGUCUUCCACCGUGGUUGCUGGAGUUCUAAAUGCAGUAAGGGUACCACUCACAAGCAUUGCGGCUGUUAUAUUGUUAAAUGAUCCCAUGAGUGGUUUCAAAAUCCUCUCUGUCAUCAUUACCUUUUGGGGAUUUGGUUCCUACAUCUAUGGCAAUCCCUCUUGAGUAAAUUUCCUAGCUGAUAUACUUGUUACUCCUUUGUGACCAUUUGGUCAGUCCAAGAAUACAGCCUCUCUGAAUAAAAGCAAAGAUAAGGCUAUGUACAUUGUGAAGAUCCUCUCCUAUCCUCACAAAGCAAGGUGCCUUGUAUCCUGGGAUUAGUACUUAAGAAAGCUGUCGAAGGAGAGACUGAGAAGGGCUUGGAGCUUCUGCAAAUUAGUGUGUUGGUCGAUGCCCUGCAUAUGCAGAUAUAAUCAAGAACCUUUUCUUGCAGGUAUUGCAGAAUGUUAGUUGAAAAUAAUGUAGGAAUAAGAUGAGGAAACGCUGCAGAACAGAAAUUUACUUCAAGGCACGUUACAAUGUCGUUUUCCUCAAAACAUUAUUUGUCCGCACCAGAUUGGUAUGUAUUGGGUCAACAAAUACAUUUCCAUGAUACGAUGAAGCUUAGAAUAUGAUCUGAUAUCAAUUUACAUUAUACACAAACGAAAAUUGAUCACAAA